AUGAUAGUGCUAGUGCUAAAUAAAGGUCUGUCAUUUAUACCUGCUACUAAACUUGAUUUAGUGGAAACAAUUUUAGAAUUAAAAAUGUUUGUGAGAAAUGUGAUGUUAAAAACAGUUUUUAUGGAUGAGCAUAGUGCUUCCAAUGAUGGCAAUGUUUUUAAGAAACCCAGUACUUUUAUACCAGACAAUUCACCAGCAAUGGAGGCUUUUAUUAAUUUAUCUGAAGAUGACUUAAGGAAAGAUUUUAGUGGAGGUAGUAAAUCGAUUUUUUUUAACUUGUCUUGUAAGGAAUAUGAGGCCUUAAAUUCAUUAGUGAGAGACGAGCACUUGAUUAUCAGACUGGCAGACAAAGGAAUUGGCAUAGUGGUUUUAGAUAAACAGGUUUAUAUGGAAAGAAUGUAUGACAUGCUUCGUGAUAGAAAAGUGUAUGCAGUUCUACAGAAAUAUCAGGAGAAUGGCAUUAUAGAUAGGUUGAAUUUCUACCUAUAUGAUAUGCUGAUGACAGAUUUAAUAGAUUAUUCAUUGUACACAUACUUCUGUGUUGAGCACCCAACUAUACCUGUGAUAUAUGGUUUGCCUAAAAUUGUAGGUGUUGCUAUGGGCACAGCAUGUGCCAACACAUAUGCAAAUUUGGUUCUUGCAAACUGGGAAAAGGAAAUAGUUUUUAACAAUGAUAGUUUCAAGGAGAACAUCACCUUCUAUAAACACUUUGUGGAUGAUGAUGAUGAUGAUGAUGAUACUGAAAAUGAGAAAACAGCAAAAACAUUCAUCAUGGAAUCUUUUCCAAAUCGAAACUGCUUUGUCUUUGUGCAACCUACAACAUCGGAACUGAUUGCAAAUUGCAGCAUGCUUGAGAAUACUUCUUUGAAUGCAAAGUUUUUUGAACAAUCAGAAGCUUUCUGUCAACAUAUAUAUAAUAAAUCCAAAGUUAAAUGCCUAUGUGGAGAAGAGGUUAGAAAUGGUGAAGUCUUAGCUGGAUUUAUUCAUCUCUAUGUUAACUACAUAAAUUCUGGAAACAUUCCACUGUACAAAGAUGUUGUUCAAACCCUGUCUGCUACGGUGAAUGCAGAGAUGAUAGAGAAAGCGUUCAAGAAUUAUAAACAACAGAUGAAAGCUCAGAGCAAUUUUGUAACAGAAACCGAACAGGAACUGGAAGAAAUCCAUAAACAAAACAUGGACAGUGCAGUAGCAGCUUUCAGAAAAGGGUGCUUCAGGGAUAAUGGAGAUGCUGAAAAUAAACUAAAGCACGCAAUAAAUGAAUGUUAUCAGGAAUGCCGCAAACGGAAUGAAGAGCAGUCAUGCAAGCUGUGUGAAUUCUUGCUGAAAUCUUUAUUUAAGGAUAUAGAUCAGCAGUUCAGAAGCAAGUAUUGUGCAAAACAAGAUGGAUAUCAACUAUAUCUUCAACAUCGUGAUAGAGCCAUCCAGAACUAUAAUGAAACAACGGGGCUUGGAGUCAUGAAACAGAAAUCACUGGACUCUCAAAUGGAAAAAGAGAAUGACAGAGAAGGAUGUAUUCUAAAAGAAGCUGUACAAAUGAAUGAAAAUGCAAAAGAUAAGGCUAUAACAAACUUUGUCAAUGGAAUGAAAAUGAUACAGAUCCCUACAGAUACAGUAGAAAUGCUUGAUGAUGCGUAUCAGGAGCAUAAAGAAAAAUCUUUUGAAAUCUUCAGGACCCAGUGUUCAAAUUAUCAGAGAAAGGAAAACAAAGAAGCAAUUAAGAGAGAAAUUCACCAGUACUAUGAAGAUCUGCAAAUACGUAAUAAGCAGGAAUCAGAUGAGCGCUGUGAGGAAGCUUGCAGAAUGUUUUUCAUGGAAAUAGAAGAUAAAUUCCAAAGUAAAAGUUAUUAUGUACCUGGUGGAUAUAAAGCAUAUCGUCAGGACUAUAACACAGCCACAGUAAAAUACAAACAAACACCAAUGCUUGGAAUUUCGAAACAGAGAGUACUAGAAUUGCAAAUCGAGAAGGAGAGAAAAAGAGAAUUACAGAUCUACCAAGAGGAAGAAAAUGAAAAAGCACUUUUUAAUUCGAAAGAAUUGUAUAGAACUAAAAUGUGCAAUGUAAGACUCCCAUGUGGAACGGCUGAACGACUGAAGGAUAUUCACAAUAAAUAUAAAAAGGAAGCAAUAGAGUGUUGCAGAAGUGUGUGCUUUCUUGAUGAAGAAAAAAGCGUGGAAUGCAGAUUACGGGUAAUGUGCAUUUUUGCUUCAUUUAGAAUUAGUAUUUAA